AUGCCUUUAAUGCAACAGUGUGGCGUGAUAGAGUGCGUGCCAAACGCCAAGUCGCGAGACCAGCUCGGCAGACAGACAGACAUCGGCAUGUACGAGUAUUUCAUCAAGAAGUAUGGCGACGAGACGACGAGGGAGUUUCAGGCGGCGAGACGAUGCUUCGUGACCUCUAUGGCCGCUUACAGCGUGAUCGGUUUCCUGCUGCAGAUCAAGGACAGGCACAACGGCAACAUUAUGCUGGACACCGACGGGCACAUCAUCCACAUAGACUUCGGUUUCAUGUUCGAGUCCUCGCCCGGCGGCAACCUGGGCUUCGAGCCGGACAUUAAGCUCACCGACGAGAUGGUGAUGGUGAUGGGCGGCAAGAUGGAGGCGCCGCCCUUCCGCUGGUUCUGCGAGCUGUGCGUGCAGGCGUUCCUGGCCGUCAGACCGUACCAAGAGGCGAUAAUCUCGAUGGUCUCGCUGAUGCUCGACACGGGAUUACCUUGCUUCCGGGGCCAGACGAUCCGGCUGCUUCGAUCCCGCUUCGCGCCCAACUCCACGGAGAAGGAGGCCGCCGCUUACAUGCUCUCCGUGAUACGCAACUCCUUCCUCAACUUCCGCACGAGGACCUACGACAUGAUACAGUACUACCAGAACCAGAUACCGUAC